CUCGGCUGCUCUCCGAGUCCGUUUCCGGUUUGUCUGACGUUUCCGCGCGAGGACAUUGCACACGCUGCACAUGCAGCUCGCGCCGCUCCCGCUGCCGUCACCUGCCCGCUGCUGCCCCGAGUGUUAGUGUGGAUCCGGUGCGCGUGCACGCCCGCGGAGGUUCUGCUUUUCCGCACUUCCUGAAAACGGUUCCGUUCUGACGUCAUGCCUACAGCCAGUGAGAACGCGCUGUUUGGGAUGGGUAAUCCCCUGCUGGACAUCUGUGCCGUGGUGGACAAAGACUUCCUGGACAAGUAUGGCCUGAAGCCCAAUGAUCAGAUCCUGGCAGAGGAGAAGCACAAAGCACUGUUUGAUGAGCUUGUGAAGAAGAGUAAAGUGGAGUACCAUGCUGGCGGCUCGACGCAGAACUCUGUUAAAGUGGCACAGUGGAUGAUCCAGGAGCCCCACAGGGUAGCGACGUUUUUCGGCUGUAUAGGGAAAGAUCACUUCGGGGAGAUCCUGAAGCAGAAAGCAGCUGAAGCUCACGUGGACGCACAUUAUUAUGAACAAAUUGAACAACCGACUGGAACCUGUGCAGCGUGUAUCACCGGGGACAACAGGUCCCUGGUUGCUAACCUGGCAGCUGCAAACUGUUACAAAAAAGAGGAACAUCUAGAUCUGGAGAGUAACUGGAACCUGGUGGAGAAAGCGAGAGUCUACUACAUUGCUGGUUUCUUCCUUACUGUAUCUACGGAGUCGGUGUUGAAGGUGGCCAAACACGCGAGUGACCACAACAAGAUCUUUGGUCUGAACCUGUCUGCUCCUUUCAUCAGUCAGUUCUUCAAACAGCCACUGACGAGCGUCAUGCCCUAUGUUGACAUCCUCUUUGGCAACGAGACGGAGGCAGCUACAUUUGCAAAAGAGCAGGGAUUUGAGACGGAUGAUAUAGAAGAGAUUGCACGCAGGGUUCGGCUCCUCCCCAAAGUGAACAAGAACAGACAGAGGAUCGUGGUGUUCACUCAGGGCCAGUACGAUACCAUCGCUACCGUGGGCGAGAAAGUGAUGAGGUUCCCGGUGUUGGAUAUCGACCAGAAUGAAAUUGUGGACACUAACGGAGCAGGGGACGCUUUUGUAGGAGGGUUCCUCUCAGAGCUGGUUCAGGAGAAAACUCUGGAGCAGUGCAUCCAUGCAGGUCACUACGCUGCUAACGUCAUCAUCCGACGAUCCGGAUGCACCUUCCCUGAGAAACCAGACUUCCAAUAAAAUACACACACACCUCUUUUUCUUUUUUUUCCCUCUCUCUCAAUCCACCUCUUUCUCCUACAAUGUGUGUGACGUGACUCGUGUACCUCUACGUUUGUUUACACGUGCUUCCAGGGCAUUCUAAAACAAAAGGAAAGUUUGUCUAGAUGUAACCGUGUUGCGUCUGGACCGGUGCGGAGAAAAGCACUUCCAGAGCCGUGUAUCAGCGACAGAAAGUGAUCCGUGCUCUCUGAUAUCUACACGUACACAAGUCUUAGAGAGAGUGUGAAAGAGUUGUUUAUCAGGUCUGUACGAGACGGGACGCUGUGCUGGAGUGAAUCUGUGGGUAUGAUCCAGCGCUCUGCUCUCACUUUAUUAACUGGAGUGUUUUAAAUACUUCAUCAUACACUGUCUUCGUGUUUGUUUCCUGCAGCAUAACAAACUCUUAAAAACACGCACAAGUCUUAAAUAUGGAGCAUAUACAUUGUCUUACACACACACUCUGAUAUACAUAUAUAAAUAAACACACUCCAAUAAAGAGGAAAAUGAUU